AUGACCAAUGUGUGCCCAAACCCUCCAACAUCUUGGGCUCUGCUUUUCGAUGGACCGGUAUCGUUUGUUGUGAUCCUAGUUGGAAUCAUUGGAAAUCUUUAUUCGCUGAAACAGCUGUUCUCCCGAUCCAUCAACACAUCGAUGCUGGUUUCCCUCACAGGUCUUGCUAUUUUAGACAUUAUUAUGCUUGGAGCCGGCAUGUGGCACCAUUCCUGGUGGGCAACUAUGCAAUACUUUGGAUUCCGAGAUGAGCCUUGGGACAUGCAUAUGGCUUACACAAAUGCUGUAAUGGAGUGUGGACAUAUUACAUCUACUUGGAUGCUCAUUGAGGUGACCGCCGAACGAUUCUUCGCAGUAACACGUCCAUUCCACUUUGCUCCAGUUCAUCGUAAGCAACGAAGGAAAAGCUACGCUCGGGUUGUCGGAGGUGAAGGAAUUUUGAGAUUACUUUGUCUUAUCGUGAAGUUUAUAGGCUUGAUUCGGAUACCGCUGAUGAUGACACUGGUUGGAUGUCUUAUAUGCAUUCCAUGCACCGUUGAGUAUGAUUUGGCGCCGUGCGUCUACAAAGGAAUCGCGUCGGAACAGAUGCUUGAAACGGCGCUGAUGCAGAACAAGUGGUACAAGAUGCUCUAUCGCACAAUUUUUCUGUCAAUUGUGAAAACUUUUGGACCAUUCGUUAUUAUCACAUUGCUCACGAUUUCUACGUUGAAGAGCAUGAGAAAGAGUAUGGAUAGCCGUGCGUCGAUUUUAAUUGCUCAAGGACAGAAUCAUUUGUUUCAAGCUGAUAAGGACAAGACAAAAAGCUUACAGGCAAUUUCCGUAAUGCUGCUUGGCAAGUUCCUCUUCCUCCGCUGCCUUCCAACCGCCAUGGCCACUAUUCAGAUGGUUUUCCAAAUGAUGAUUCCAUUUUCAAACACUCCAAAUUUUUUGCCAACCUACCUGAACCACUUCUUCCUUCUCUUCAACUCCGCCACAAACUCCUUCGUAUUCGUUGUAGUCAAAUCGGCUUUUGAGACUAGAAGGCUCAAACGAAUCCGUCAACGGCAUCGUCAACUGGUCGCUCAACACGCCGAACAAGUGCUUUGUAUCGGAAAAGCGUUGGCUGGAGAUAAGUUGUUGCUGAUGUCCGAAGUCGAAUUCGAGAAUCAAUCAUCGGAGGAGGACACCACACUCGAAAUGCAGCCAAUGAUGCCAGCGACAUCAGCGUCCACUUCUAAUCCGGUUUAA